AACGACUUCCUGUUUAGCGUUAAGGUUUGAGGUGGAGAAGUUCCUGUAACUUGUCACCAAUUUCCCCUCAUCUGGCUGAGACCCCCCCCAGUCAAGCGAGUCACACUCAACAAUUCUAGUCUAAUACUCCACUUAUGUCUGAGGUUCACUGCAUGCUGCUCAGUGUGUGAUAGCAUCGUCAUAUAAGAACAAGGGAAGUCAUUAUGACUCUUCAUCUGACAGGUGUUUGGCUGCUGCUCAUCACACAUACAGUGUUGGUGUUCUGUGAUAUGGAAUUCCUGGAGAGAACGCAGGGUGACUCUAUAGAGUUCUACUGUAUCUCUGCGUUCAAUGCCUCCAAGCCCAUUGGGCUCUACCUGAAACGCAAGUGGCUGCAGCCCAACCAAGAGGUCCUGUUCAUGUUUACUGAACAAAAGCCUUCGUUUUACGGUGACGUCAAAGAGCGUAUCCAUGUCACGGGAGACCCGAGUACUCACCGGGUCAACGUGACCCUCAGCCAGCUGAAGGGAACAGACACAGACCUCUACUACUGUGAGUUUGUCUUCCCCGAUGCCUCCAGCGUCGAUCAAAAUAUUCCAAGCAAUGUGGAGUUCUUUCUGUACGUUGACAAUGUUGAAGAUGUCCCAGACAACAAGAUGGAUGUAGGCCUGAUAGAGACGUGCGCCGGGGGGUCAGCUGUCCUCCCCUGCCUCGCCCCCUACGGUUCCCCCUCGGCCAUGGAAGGGGUAUGCCUGAAGAGGCGGUGGGGCCGGGCUCCAGUGGAGGUGCUGUUCCACUCAAAGCGCCCCUCUUCCUCUGCCUCGUUCCCCCCAGAAGAGAGGCUUCACCUGGGCACGGGUCUGGGAGGCCUGGCAUACAACCUCACCCUGCUAAAGAUGCAGCCGGAAGAGAGCGCCUUUUACAGCUGUGAGCUGCUGCUCCCCGGCAGGUCCGACAACAGUGCCAGGCUAGGGAGAUACGUGUACUUUGUGUCUGUGCAAGGUGUUCGGUGUAGCUGUACUGGCUGCACUCCACUGCUCUAUGCCCUUUCUGCUGCUGUGGGGUUACUACUCAUGUUCCUUAUGGCCCUGGGAGUGGCUCAUUAUGGUAAGACCCGAGGAGACCGUGUCAAACCGCAGCCCCACCAGGCUUCCAUCUACGAGGAGAUGGUUGGGGUGCGGCCCCCCAACCGGAAUGGAAAAGUGUCUCCCUCUUACCACCCGAGGCCCCCCCUCUGAGUUCUCAACAGGAAAACCACAGAGAGGCCCGAAGAGUCACCGCUAGUAUCUGAAACUGCGAGGAACAAGGUCUGCCCAAUCUCACCAACACGGUGUUUGACAAUAACUACAACUUACAUAACCUUAAAUUUGGACAAACAAACAUCCACCUAACAUAGUUUGUUGUACUGUAAAUGUUGUUGUGGAGUUAUACACAAUGUUUUGUAUUUGAUGUAAAUGCUGGCAGCUAAAUGUUGUAGCCUUGCUUUACUUUUUGAAAAGGUAUUGUAUUUAAACCAACAAAAAUAUUAAGUGUAAUACUUGUUGUAUUUCGACAUGGUAGAUUUUUCCAGUCAUGGAGAUCCUGUGCAGGAAACAGAUAAUCAUGGCCAUUGUAGACUAUUAAAUGCAUUGUGGUCCGGUAAAUUGUCUUGAUAUCAAGUGUAGACUGAUAAAACCUUUAUGGCUUCAAGAUGUCUCAAUAUUUUGAAUACUGGAUGGGACCAGGAAACCUGGUCUUAAAUGCGGACUGGCUAAUAUGUGGACAAGCUCCAGGACACAUGCUCGCAACAGGGUGCCUGCCUUUCCACAUGGAGUUUGUUACCAUGCUACAUAUUGGAAAUUAACCAGUCAUGGGAUGGUCCACUGGAUGUGUUUGCAUGGUGUGCUGAACCACAGCUUCAAAAUCUAAUUGUAUUUGUCACAUGUGCUGAAUACAACAGGUGUAGACCUGACAGUGAAAUUCUUAGUUACAAGCAUAUAGAAAAAUAAGUGAGGCUAUACACAGGGGGUACAGGUAGUGACUUUGCAGUUCAGUUGGAUGUGAAAGCUGUAAUGUCCUUUUGCGAUAUGCAAAUUCUGAGAACUCACUCUGACCUGAAUAAAAGUGCAGAGAUUUAACUCAACAGCUUACAUUUAUAACAAGGGGUGCUUCAAGUGUAUUCCUUGGUGGUGUGUGCGAGUUGUCUAAAGUUGCUUCCUUAUCCAGCUGCAUCUAGUUUACUGGCUUCCUCUGGGUUGUGGUUUCGUCUCUAGAGAUGCAUUAAAACUGAUGUCCACAUGAAAAAUCAAGACUACACAAGAAAACGGACAAAACGCUCUUUAACAGCCAAGAAAAAUGUCAAUUUAUUAAUAUAGUCCGAAAGAAGCUCCAUAACUCAUGGAAACAUGUUUUUUCCGGUGCAUGUCAUUAACAAUCACAUUCUAUGAGGAAAAAAAAAACAUUAAAAGCCACAACUUUCUCAGUACAGACAUUUCUCCUUAAUGUUUCUUUUUUAAAAUAAAAAGGCAGAGUACCACCCCCCCCCCUUACAAAAACCAGACCGCCUUAAAAGUCAUGGGCUUUUUCUCAGUAUAACCCACAGUGCUUUAGCAGAAGGAUAAGCGCUCAUUGCUUAAGGAUUACACAGCAUGGCGAAGCAAUACAACGUUGCCAUAAAUCUGAUGAGGGGGAAGAAAAUCUAACAUAGCAAAUUUGUAGCACAAAGACACACCCCUACAUCAAACCCUGAACCCCCAGAGUACGAGUUCCGGGCCCCAAGAGAAAAGCAGGCCUGGACUCUCCCUCCCACUUGUGCAUAGAUCAUGAUCCUUUAAAAACCAGCUACCCCCCCCCACACUUCAAAUCUGUCUCCUGAAAACCAUCUAUUAGACAGAAUCUCUUAACUCAUUGAAUAUCUGCCACAGGAACAGAGACAGUAAUGCACAAAGCUCCUGAAAGUUACAGGAUGGAACCUCAAAGAAAAUGCAUAAGUAAAACUAAUCACUGCCGUUUGACAAUUAAAACCAUUGAUCAAUUUUGUUUAAAUGUAAAGCAAUUUUACAUGUAAAGCACUCUACUUUCUCUCUCAAAGUUCAUUUUCAGUCAUUUAUUUGGUAAAUUAUGGAACCGCAAUGGAUUUUUAGAAGCAAUGGUAUAUCAUAUUCUAUUUAAAUCCCUAACUUUCAGUGCCUGGAGUUACAUUUCUCAAAGUUCUUGUAAUUUAAAACUCUCAAAUUUAAAUACAAAUGGUGGAGUUUGAACUCUGGAAAUCCUGGCCUUCCCGAGACAAGAUCCACAUCUUUACGAGUGUGCAAGAUAGUGAGCAAAUUGCGUUGUCUUUUUACAAAGACAAAAUUCAAAUAAUUCAAUACAUAGUCUGUCGACAUCAAAAAAAAAAGAGAAAUUAAAAACGACAACACUGAUCAAUCCCAGAGUUCUGAAAAUAGCAUAAAUCUUCAUUUUGCAAAGUUUGUUUCAUGUUCAUAUUUUGUUUUGAUGGAAGAUGGAAUUAGUCUUUUUCAACAUUUCAAAAUUCCUUUUUCCUCAACUUCAGACAAAUGAAAUGUUUGUAAACGACGGGUGGCUAUGCAUAAAGAAAACAAGAUAGGCACCUCUGAAAUGAGUCCUGUAAACAAACUCAUCUCCCCACAUUAUCCCUUUCCAUUUCCCCAUGAAGUUAAGAGAUUACUAGUCCUACCAUCUAUGGCCACAAUUCUUAGAUCAUUUUUUUGUGUCUUUUUUCAUGACAUUUGUAUGUAAUCAGAACAAAAUGGUGCAAUACUCAAUGAUAAUCCUUGUUUUGGAUUAUUCCACAAUAAAAGCCACUAAGGUAGAUAAACAUUUUACAGAUAAAACAAAAACUUUUUUUCCAUUAAGUCCUUGAGUAAACAUUUACACAUGAAUUGUCACCCUCUCCCCUCGUUUGUCUACGAUUAGCUGAGUGAGGGGUAGAGGACACUCAGUGCAACGUUAGAAGAAAAAUGUCUAUCAGAAUAUAGUUUUGACAAGCAAAAAAUAAACUGAAUAAAAGAACAGACAACAAUGUCAAUACACAACAUACUGAACGGAACAUGACAGCAGUCCUAAGCCUGCCAAGCACACAGUUGUUUGCACACAUACAUUUGACUUUCAAUCACACAACCAAAUGAUUUUUGCACUUUUUUUCUCCAAUCUUUUUUAAUUGAUGACCUCAAGCUUGGAAGUGUACUAGUCAAAUUAUUAUUUUUAUUUUUUAUUUUUUUUAUUAUUUUUUUUUACAAAAGAGACUUCACAUUACGUUAUUGGCGCUCCUUGAUUCAAGUAUUUGUGUUUAUAUUUGUGUGUUGAUAUGUUUAAUGAUAUUUUUCUCUACUGGGAAAGUAUGCAUUUAAAAAACAGGUGAUUUCAGGUUGGGUUGUUUAGACAAAUUCACAUACAGUACAAGUAGUUCAAGGUACUUACUGUAAUAUGUUCAUAAAUCCAGAACGUGCAUAUCCAACUCCAGGUAGGAAAGACAUUACUCAUGAUCCAUCAAGUACCAGUUUAACCACUAAACCCAUUCAAUUUCCUUCGUAUCACUUAUUUGCGGGGGGAAUACAUAUUGCUCAUCUUCAGUUUGUAUUGAACCCAGACCUUUUAAGAGGAAUAAAAGGUUUCAGAGAUUGA